AUGACAGUCGACUACCGUUGUUUGAAUAACUGGACCAAGAAAAACGUCUACCCAUUACCCCGUCCAGAUGACCUCAUGGCCCAGCUCCGUGGUGCCAAGGUGUUCACUAAGCUAGACCUAAGGUGGGGUUACAACAACGUCCGUGUUAAGGAAGGGGACAAAUGGAAAACCGCCUUCCGCACCAAGUACGGUCUAUACGAGUCCCUGGUCAUGACAUUUGGCCUGACAAACGCCCCUGCCGCCUUUCAGCACUUCAUGAACAAACUGUUCAAGGACUUACUGGAUGUAUGCGUCAUCAUCUACCUUGAUGAUAUCCUAAUCUACUCUAAGGACGACGCAACUCACACAAAACACGUCCAUGAGGUUCUGAGGCGGCUAAUGGAGAAUCAACUUUUUUGCAAGGCAUCCAAAUGUACGUUCCACGUCACCUCUGUGGAAUACCUGGGAAUCAUUGUUUUGGACAAGGGAUUUAGCCUGGAUAAGCUCAAGAUCCAGGCCGUGCAAGAAUGGCCAACCCCAACCAAAGUCAAGGAGGUUCAGUCCUUCCUGGGAUUUGCCAAUUUCCUACAACGGUUUGUGGCCAAUUUUAGUCACAUGGCGCAACCCCUACACAACCUAGUCAAAAAGGACACGCUCUGGAGAUGGGACGCAAGGGAGCAGGAAGCAUUCCAAGGACUAAAAAAUGCCAUCACAAACGCCCCUGUACUACGCCACGCCAAUCCCACAAAGCCUUACUUCCUUGAAACAGAUGCAUCUGGCGCGGCCCUAGGGUCCAUACUCAGUCAACGGCAGGAAGACGGAUGCCUACACCCACUAGGAUUUCUGUCAGAAUCAUUUAAAGGUGCCAAACAGAACUACGACACCCAUGAUAAGGAACUCCUAGCCAUCAUCCAAUCUUUUGAGUACUGGCGCAUCUUCCUAGAAGGAACCUUACACCCUAUUACUGUGUUUACGGACCACCGCAACCUGGAAUAUUGGAAGGAGUCCCGCACCUUCAACCAACGCCAUGCACAAUGGCAUUUACUCCUUGCCGGUUAUAAUUUCCAGAUAGUCUACCGCCCAGGGAAACAGUUGGGAAAACCGGAUGCCCUCUCACGCCGCUUGGAUCAUGCCAAUGUCCCUCCCGCCAAUCAAACAAUGCUCCCAGAUCCCGUAUUUGCUAACAUAGCCCAAGUGAUCCCUGAAAAAGAGCUCCAGCGACAGAUUGAGGCUGCCCUGGAUCAAGACAAGUCUCUGGAGGAGAUAUUACAAUUCCUCCAAAACAAAUCCAAGGCACCACCCUCAAUCAAACAAGCCUUUAAGGACUAUGAAAUGGAGGCCGGAUUACUGUUCUACCAAGGACAAAUUGUGGUACCUGAUGUAGGCACCCUGAGGACGGAUUUGCUUUGCAUUUUCCACAACAGUCCAUUGGCUGGUCACCCAGGCAGGCAACAAACUCUGGAAUUGGUAUCACGUAACUACUACUGGCCGGGCAUCCGCGCAGAUACAUAUUGGCACGUAGACUCCUGUGAAACCUGCCAAAGGAUCAGAAAGCCCAAGUAUGCCUCCAUCCCCCCGCAACCGCUCAAGCUACCAUCCAGACCCUGGCAACACGUCUCCUAUGACAUGAUUGUAGACCUGCCAAGGGAUGGGAAUAACAACUCCAUACUGGUCAUAAUAGACAGUUUCACAAAAUAUGGAAUCUUUGUCAAAUGUUCCAAGAAGCUCAAAGCACCCAAGCUAGCGGAACUGUUCCUGGAACACGUGUGGAAACGUCAUGGAAUGCCGGAAAAGACAAUAUCGGACAGGGGCAGAGUCUUCAACAACAAGUUCCUACAAGCGCUGUACAAACGAUUAGGCAUUGACCCACACUUCUCCUCAGCGUACCACCCACAAAGCAACGGACAGACGGAACAAGUGAACCCCUCUAUUGAACACUUCCUAAGGGCUUACUCCGGUAUCAAUCAACAGGACUGGACAAGGUGGCUCCCAAUGGCGGAAUUUGCAUACAACAACGCCGUACAUAGCAGUACUGGGAAAACCCCGUUCAAAGCCUUAUACGGAUGGGAGCCUUCCCUGACCCCAUCCAACGUACCAACAGAUGUCCCGGAAGCCAAUGACCUAGCUCAGACAAUGGAAGCCCAGUGGAGAGAAGUGGAAGCUGCACUCCGGCAAUCCAAGACAAAAAUGACCACCAGAGAGGAAGGAAGCCUAACCGUGUUUGAAGUAGGGGAAGAAGUAUGGCUCAACGCCAGGAACGUUAACCUGAAAACCUUGAGUCCCAAACUGACGGAACAACAUUUGGGACCAUUCAAAGUCUCCAAGAAAAUCUCCAACCUCAAAAGAGAUGACAAACGCGCCUUUGAAAAUCAUCCCCCUCCAGUCACCGUGGAUGGGGAAGAAGAAUACAAGGUGGAAGGGAUCACGGACAUGGAAGAAAGGAACAGGAAAUGGUUCUUUAGGGUAAAAUGGAAGGGCUAUGGAUCAGAGGAGAACACCUGGGAACCAAGGGAAAACCUCAAAAACGCCGAAAAAAUCCUAAAAAAUUUUGAGAAAGAGAUGAAGAAGAAGGCCCUCGGCGCUGCCAAGGCCCUUAGAGGGGGGGCAGUGUCGUAG